AUGCGUGAAAUUGUGAAUAUCUCUAUUGGACAAUGUGGUAAUCAAAUUGCAGGAAAAUUUUGGGAAGUUGUUGCUGAUGAGCAUGGCCUUUCUCCUCUUGGUGUCUAUGGUGGUAAUUCCGAUUUGCAACUUGAACGAAUCAAUGUCUACUUUAACGAAGCAACAGGUGGUAAAUACGUUCCACGAGCAAUUUUAUGUGAUCUUGAAAUAGGUACAAUUGAUAGUAUGCGCGCUUCACCCUAUGGUCAAAUGUUUCGACCAGAUAAUUUUAUAUUUGGUACAUCUGGUGCAGGCAAUAAUUGGGCAAAAGGCUAUUAUGGUGAAGGAGCUGAAAUAAUUGAUUAUGUGUUAGAUACUGUUCGUCGGGAAGUUGAAAAUACCGAUUGUCUACAAGGCUUUCAAAUAAUGCAAAGUAUUGGUGGUGGAUCAGGUUCUGGACUUGGUUCACUCGUAUUAAAUCGUUUACGUGAGGAGUAUCCUGAUCGAAUGAUGGUUGGCUAUAGUGUUUUUCCAUCACCUCAAGUAUCUGAAUCUAUUGUUGAACCAUACAAUGCUAUGCUUGCUGUUCAAUAUCAUAUUGAUUCAACUGAUAUGCUUAUAUGUUUUGAUAAUGAAGCUCUUUAUGAUAUUUGUACUCGAUCACUUAAAAUUUCUUUUCCUACAAUGACUGAUCUUAAUCAUCUUAUUGCUAUAACUAUGUCAGGUCUUACAACGUGUCUUCGUUUUCCUGGUCAAUUAAAUGCUGAUUUAAGAAAAUUAGCUGUUAAUAUGGUUCCAUUUCCACGUUUACAUUUUUUUAUGCCAUCUUUUGCUCCAUUAACAUCACGAAAUGGUCAAACAUAUCGAGCAAUGUCUGUACUUGAAUUGGUUCAUCAAGUAUUUAAUCCUCGAAAUCUAAUGUGUGCUAUCGAUCCAAGACAAGGACGAUAUCUUACCGUUGCACUUGUCUUUCGUGGUCGUUUGUCAAUGCGUGAAAUUGAUGAACAAAUGUUACAUGUACAAAAUCGUAAUGCACAAUAUUUUAUUGAAUGGAUUCCAAAUAAUGUUAAAACAGCUGUCUGUGAUAUUCCACCAAAAGGAUGUCGAAUGUCUUGUACUUUUCUUGCAAAUAAUACGGCCAUUGAACAAUUAUUUAAAAAAAUUUGUCAACAAUUUUGUGCGAUGUAUAAACGAAAAGCAUUUAUACAUUGGUAUACAGCUGAAGGAAUGGAUGAAAUUGAAUUUACUGAUGCUGAAGCUAGUUUAAAUGAUAUUAUAAGUGAAUAUCAACAAAUUAGUAAUAAUGAACCUGUUGAUCAAAUGAUUGAUUCUUUGUCGAAAUAA